GAUACGCCGGGGCGGUAAGUGCCAAAAGGUACAUACUUCAAUAUACUUGAAACCAUUCUUUUUUCGUCCUUGGCAUUUUUUUUUUCGUUGUAUAUUUUUUAUGAGAAUUGAAUUUGAUGAAAGUGAAAUUUUGAAGUUAUACGGAUUUUUUUUUGCUUCUGACAUAUAUAGCAAUGGAGGCUGGGAUAUAGUAGUACUUCUAUCCCUUGUUCGUUAGUUACUUUCGUAAUUUUUGUUACAAUUCAGCGUUGAUGCAAAAAUAAGCAUACAUAUAAGUACUAAGUAGUACUUGAACAUAAUUGAAACUAAAUAAUUUUUAUCGCCUUUCAAAAUAUUCAACAUUUUUCAAAGAUUAAAAAAAAAAAAAAUUACAAAAUAAAUGGAAAAAUAUAACGUGCAAAACUUGCAAUACAAGUAUUUGUUAUUAUUUCAUUUAUUGAUUUUUCAAUUUAUGAAUUUUCAUGUUUGUCAAGUCUCGGAAACAUAAAAUAAUAACAAACUUAAAAGUAAAUUUGUUGAAAAUUUUUCUGUACGCAUUUUAAAUAAUGGCAUAAUUGCUAUAAUUAAUAACCCAGGAUAGAACAUUUAAUUUGUACACAAUUAUUAUUACGUGUAGCUGGACUAUUCACUAAAGCGAAUAAGUAGCUAGCAGACGAAAAGUAACCUCUAUACUCCAGUUGUCCAGAAUACUCGCAGGUACCUAUAUACCAUACAGGACAGGACCAAGUAUAGUAGCAUUUAGUAUAGCAACGAAGUGGCGUGUGUAUUUAGUCGGGCUGGAUGCCAAGACAGCUGUAGACGUGAAUUUCAUCUAGUAUUUACUUCAUCAUCUAAUUGUUAAUGUGGUUCUCCAGUAAUCAAGAACCCGAUCCUAUCGUGUUUAUCGAAAAACAAAUUUAACAUGUAUAUUGUUUUAUGGUUUUUAUUCAUUGUUGCACACUCGUUGUAUGAUUUCUUCGAGUUCAUAAAGAAGCAAUGUAAACAUUUAAGAUUGCGUAUAGAGCAACGUGGAUACUUGAAUAAAUUUUCCGACGAUUACUCGUUUUUAACGUCGAACAAUUGUCUGGCUACUGCCUCCAAGAUUCCAAGACAUUUAGCCAUUCUAUUAGGGCAAGAAGAAAUUUCUGUACUUGAUUUGAGACGACUUAUCAGCUGGUGUGCAAUUGCUGAAAUACCAUACAUUACCUUCUAUGAUCACAAAGGAAUUUUACAGAAAAGCCAAGAUCUUAUUCGUAGUAAAAUUGAUGAAUUAGAACCUCUUGCCAAACAAAAUGUAGAAUGGUCACAUAGUUUUGAUAGCACAACCAACAAUAAAAUUGUCGCAGAAAGGCAAAAAAAUAAAAGAAAUAGCUUGGCAACCAAUGCUAUCCAGUCGGAUGCAACAGAAUUAAUAAAUAUUCGUAAAUCCAAGUUACAAGUUUUGUCCUAUACGGAUGGAAAAGGCAAAAUUAUUGAAUUGACUAAAUUUUUAGCCAAAAAUAAUCAUGUAAAUGGAUUUGAAAAGCAUGAUGUAACUUCAGAAUUACUUGAUGAAAAAUUAAAUUUUGGCAUGGGUGUGCCAGAUCCAGAUCUUGCAAUAGUAUUUGGCAAAACUAUGUGCACUUAUGGAUUUUUACCAUGGCAAACUAGAGUAACUGAAUUUUUCACUAUACCCAGUCACCGUGAUAUAUCAUACAAAGAUUUUGUAGACACAAUAAUCAGAUUUAGUGAGUGCCAACAACGUUAUGGAAAGUAGUUUAGAAAAAAAUACUAAAGAACAGCUUGGGUUUCCCAUAAUAAACAAUUUAAUAAAAAAUUUAUUGAAUAGGAAAUACCAAGUGCUUCCAAGAUCCUGGAAUAUUAUGAAUGCAAUAUUAUAAUUUUCAGAAAUGUAAAUAUAAGUUGUAAAUAUUUUUUCAUGUGGCUUAAACAAAACAAAAUUCUUUAGUAAAAAAAUACACCUAUCUUUUUCAAUCAUUUAUACCGAGUUCGAGGAAAAUGAUAAGUUAUCAUAUUUCCUGUUACCUACUAUAACGUAAUUAGCAUGUUAAAAUAAAGUAAAAUUGAAACAGUUCAUGUAUGUAUAUAAAAGAACAGAAGUAAUGUUGGUAUUCAUUAAUUUAUUUUAUUUAUAGGAAUAAGUACAAGUAAAUAUAUUUUAUUACAGUUUUUGUGAAAGUUGGAAAACAAGAUUUAUUAUACAACUGUUACAACUGCAUUAUUUAAUGCAAUAUUUUUUAAUUACACUUUCCAUACUUUUUGACUAAUGACAUUAUGAAUUCAGAAACUUGAAAAAACUUGCUUUUAUUUCUGUUGCCUAUGUCACGGAAAAGAGUAGCAAACUAAUAGGCUGACCUGAAAAAGAAAACACAUUUUCAAACAAGGAUAACAGACCUCACACUAUUAUUACAGCCAUUUAGCAACAGCUAACUUUUAUCUACAGCUGAUUAAAUUAUAUGUAUGAUUUUUUUAAAACAAUUUCCAAAAAUGGCCAAAGUACUGUUUGUAGAAAGUCACAAAAUUACCAGAUAAAAUAAAUACAUUUUUUUCUUUUUAAUCAAAACUACCGUUAAACCAAAGAUUUAAAUAAUUCAAAUUUAAUCACUGGAUUAUUUACAGGAAUAAUUAAAAUAAAUUACAUUAACAAUGAUCAUCGUAAUUAUAAUGAUGAUAACAAUGAUGAGAACAACAAUUUUACAAGAGGUUUCAUUUGAUUUGUUAACAUUCAUAAUAAAAUUAUAAACGGCACAAUUUGUAUAGACUUGCACUCGUAAUAAAACAGUUUACUUUGAAAAAA